CUCGGGGCAGUCCGCUGCUUGAAUGGUCAAUGGUGCGGGCUGGUAAGUCGUGACGCGCAGCGCCCAUAUAAACUGACUGCUGUGCAGUGCAGCACAGUGCUGCGUGUGUCGGUGUGUGCCAGUCGCCAAAAUGUCAAAGUCCGACGAUAGGAAGAUCAAAGACACGUCGGGCACGGCUUUUCGCAAAAUUGACGUCGACCAAUACAAUGAGCACAACUUCAAGGAUGAGGAUCCCGACACCGGCCUCACCGGACCACAGGGACCCGACGACAACGAGAUACUUACGCUACUUAGCCAGGGUAAACAUUUAGAAGCCCUUAUAUCCGUACUCAAAUCGGCGCCACUCGGCUGCAAAAAUCAGCAGGUUAAGGAUAAUGCAAGAAACCUUACACAGAAAGUUUUGCUGAGCAUAAAGACUAACCAAAUAGAUGACUGUAUAGCACAGUUGGAUCGUGAACUAUUAGAUGUUCUUAUGAAGUACAUUUAUCGAGGAUUUGAAGUUCCAUGUGAAGGAAGCAGUGGACAUUUGUUGGUGUGGCAUGAAAAAGUUUAUAAUGUCAGUGGGGUAGGCAGUAUUGUUAGAGUGUUUGCUGACAGCAAAAGAGCUUGAACAUUCAAACAGUGUUCAUUGUUCAUUAUACCUCUCUUUAGUUACUGCGUCAUGUUGCAAGUUACAUGAAAAAGAUGUAGAUAGCUAAGGCAUACCAUUUUCAGUGUAAAAUUGCAGUGCAUUUAUAAUAUCAAGUUGUUAUCAAUAAAUAAUUUUUAUUUCUUCUUAUUGAACAAAAUCUAUACAUGUUUUAU